GGGAUUGUGGAGCGCGAGGUCUGACAGAGGCAGUGCGCAUGCGCAGAAGCCCUUCAGCACCUGCCAGUGCGCGCAUUACUUCACAUGUUGAACUCUCGGCUGACAAUCACUCGAGUUAACAUUUCAUCAUGAGGAGAACACACACCGAGCUCAGCUGAAGAAAACACACACCGAGCCCAGCUGAGGAGGAACACCGAUUCUUCACUAUCUCUUCUUCAUCUGACACUUUUCGGGAUUUAUACCAACAAUGCUUCUGAGGAGAACAUUGCUUUCGUGAAAGUUAAAGCCGAAUUACGCUCGACUUGGACUUGUUUGUCGCGCGCGCCGGAAUGAAGCACUGAUCCUGACGGAACGCUUUUCCUUGUUAUUUUAACUUCGCUGACUUUAAUCUCCCGUGGGUAAGUGCCAGUUCCGUGGACUUUACCUGCACAGGUGCAUCAUGUCCAAGCCCAUGGAUCACGUCAAGCGCCCUAUGAACGCGUUCAUGGUGUGGUCCCGCGCGCAGAGACGGAAAAUGGCCCAAGAAAACCCGAAAAUGCACAACUCUGAGAUCAGCAAGAGACUGGGCGCGGAGUGGAAACUCCUGACGGAAGCCGAGAAGCGGCCGUUCAUCGACGAGGCGAAGCGGCUGCGCGCGAUGCACAUGAAGGAACACCCCGACUACAAGUACAGACCCAGACGAAAGCCCAAGACUUUAAUGAAGAAGGACAAGUUCGCGUUCCCGAUGGCAUAUAACCUGGGCGAGCACGAGGCGCUGAAGGUGAGCGCGCUCCCGGGCGGCGUGCCCGAGUCUCUGAUGAGCAACGCGGAGAAAGCGCGCGUGUUCUUUAACCCGGCCAUGGCCAACCCGUACUCGUUCUUCGACCUCGGGUCCAAACUGCCCGAACUCUCGCCGCCGUUCUCCUACGCGUCUCCGCUGGGCUACCCGAGCGCGGGCACGGCCUUCCCCGGGGUGCACGCGCACACACACACACACCCGUCACCGGGGAACCCGGGAUACAUGAUGCCGUGCACCUGCUCGGCGUGGCCGCCCGCGGGCCUCCAGCCCCCGCUCGCCUAUAUACUCCUGCCCGGGCUGGGCAAGCCGGGCCUGGACCCGUACCCGCUAUGAGCCCGGGACACCGGGGAAGUUUUAAAUGUGAAAUGAAUGAAUGACUACAUGCAAUACACGCGGAGCACAGCUGAACAUGUGAUAAACGAGACAUC